AUGCAUAUCGAAGCAGAGCUGCACGACAGAACAUAUCGUGACUAUCCAGUCAUCGACUUUGUUGAGAAUGUGUGGGGCUACAGGCCACAAGACCCGCCGACGGACCGAACGUAUACGGUCCCGUUCAAUGCCGUCAAUGGUUACGCGGUGUCGACAGAGGGAGCGGCGUAUGUCCACCUUGUCGAGAUCAUGUCAAGCCUUGCUGGCCAAGUGUACUCCGUGUCACCAACUGAUGAUCCAGCGACAACAGACCCAAGCUCCGCAGCUCGCGUACCUAUGGGUUCUUUAUUCGCCAACCUGGCAGAUAACGUGGUCAACAGAAGCUGUGUUAACGACCCCGGUACGGUUUGCAAGAUUGCACGAGGGAACUGGGAAUGGUUUUCCGCGUAUGGGGAAGUCAAGAAGACUUGUAUACGCAAGACGGCGUAUGAAGCUGACAUCUCUAUUGAUAUCACGAGACUACACGAAUCUAUUUUCAGGCAACAUGAUCCUGCUGUGGAUGCACCUCAAGAGACCAAGGCUGCUCACGAAGUGGCUGGGUCUAACCGAAAGCGCAAGGGCUCUCCUGCUGUAGAGACAAAUCGACCACACAAGAAGGGACGGUUCAUCUGUCUGGACACGACGCGGUUGUUUAGAAGUCUUGGAUCUUGCAAGCCAGGUGGUGGGGCUGGACUUGACCCUCCGAGUGAUGGUCGCGAGAAGAUCCCAGCUGUCGUCUGA